AUGCUCGGUCUAAAACUCACCCACCUCCUCAAACGCUUUCCCUCCUCUCUUCCAUUCUCUACAAAUUCAACUUCCAACUACCUUAACGGUCACUUCAACUGCUACCUCUCUAACCAGACCUCAACCCUCCAAUCUCUCCUCCACUCCCAUGCUCUCAUCAUCACAAGUGGCAAUUCGAACAACCUCUUCCUAGCGUCGAAGCUCGUCUCUCUCUAUGCCACUCUCAACGAACCCACUUCUUCCACCAAAGUGUUUCAUUCGGUGUGUCCCAAAGACACUUUUCUUUGGAACUCCGUAAUCAAAUCCCACUUCUCUAAUGGCAAUUACUCGGUAGCCCUUGAUUUUUAUCUCCAAAUGCGAGCAUCUGAUACCCCACUUGACCAAUUUACCAUUCCGAUGGUUGUUUCUACGUGCGCCGAGUUGUUGUUGCUAGACCAUGGCAAGAACAUUCAUGGGUCGGCUUUGAAACUCGGGAUCUUCGCUGGGAAUUCCGCUGUUGGAUCUUCGUUUGUGUAUAUGUAUGCCAAGUGUGGUCGGAUGGAGGAUGCGUCUUUCAUGUUUGAUGAAAUUUGUGUUAGAGAUGUGGUUGGUUGGACUGCGCUUGUGAUUGGGUAUGUGCACAACGGUGAGAGUGAGAAGGGUUUGGAGCGUCUUUGUGAGAUGCAUAGGACGGGUGGAGAUGGGGAGAGACCGACUUUUAGAACAUUGGAAGGUGGGUUUGAAGCUUGUGGGAAUCUCGGUGGUAUAGUAGAAGGUAGAUGCUUACACGGUUUAAUGGUAAAAACCGGAAUUGGGUGCGCACCGGUUGUUCAAUCUUCACUUUUGUCCAUGUAUUCCAAGUGUGGGACCCCUGAAGAAGCGUACCUUUCCUUUUGUGAAGUAACAGAUAAAGAUCUUCUCUCGUGGACAUCGCUUGUUGGUGUUUAUUCGAGAUUUGGAUUUAUGACUGAGUGCUUAAGUUUGUUGUGGGAAAUGCUGGAGAGUGGAAUACACCCAGAUGGAAUUGUGAUUAGUUCUGUGCUUUUGGGUUUUGGUAAUUCCACGAGUAUCUCUGAAGGAAAAGCCUUUCAUGGAUUAAUUAUAAGGCGACAUUAUGUAUUGGAUCUGACAGUUUAUAACGCAUUAUUGUCCAUGUAUUGCAAGUUUGGACUAUUAACUCUUGCAGAGAAGCUCUUUGGUAGAGUACCUGAACCGAACAAAGAGUCUUGGAACACUAUGGUUUUUUACUAUGGUAAGAUAGGACAGGAAGCAAAGUGUAUAGAAUUGUUUACGGAGAUGCUACGUCUUGGCAUUGAACCUGAUUCAAACAGCUUGGUCUCUGUGGCUUCUGCAUGUUCCCAACUGGGAGCAACUUAUCUUGGCCUUUCACUUCAUUGCUACAUAAUUAAAUGUUCAAUGGAUGAAAGCAUCUUGGUAACCAAUUCACUUAUAGACAUGUAUGGAAAAAGUGGCAAUUUGAAUAUUGCAUGGAAAAUAUUUUGUGGGACACAGAAGGAAAUUAUCUCAUGGAACGCAUUGAUCUCAUCUUAUACUCAUAGUGGGCAUUAUGCUGAGGCCAUAGCGCUAUUUGAUAAAAUGAUUUCAGAAAAAUUGAAGCCCAACUCAGAAACAUUGGUAACAGUGCUUUUGACUUGUUCUCAUCUUGGAUCUCUGGAGAAAGGAGAAAGGAUUCACCAUUAUAUUAAGGAGAGUGGGAUUGAGUUUAAUAUAUGUCUUGCUACUGCAUUGGUUGAUAUGUAUGCGAAAUGUGGGAAGCUUGAACAAGCUAGAAAAUUGUUCGACACAAUGAAAGAGAGGGAUAUUAUAUCUUGGAAUGUGAUGAUCUCAGGUUAUGGAAUGCAUGGACAUGCAAAAUCUGCCAUAGAGAUAUUUCAACAGAUGGAGAAAUCAAACGUUAAACCAAAUGGACUUACCUUCCUUGCUCUUCUCUCAGCUUGUGCUCAUGGAGGACUUACUGAAGAAGGGAAGUGUCUAUUUAAUAGAAUGCAAGAGUAUUCCAUUGAACCCAACUUGAAGCAUUAUGCUUGUAUGGUAGAUCUUCUAGGGAGGUCAGGUAAUCUGCAAGAAGCUGAAACAUUGGUUCUGUCAAUGCCGUUCUCUCCUGAUGGUGGGGUGUGGGGAACUUUGUUAAGUGCUUGUAAAACUCACAAUGACAUUGAGACGGGAGUAAGGGUUGCCAAGUGUGCUAUUGAGUCUGACCCAAAGAAUGACGGGUACUAUAUAAUGAUGUCCAACAUGUAUAGUUCCGUUGGGAGGUGGGAAGAGGCAGAAAGGGUGAGAGAAAUGAUGAAUGAAAGGAAUGUGGUGAAGAGAGUUGGUUGGAGUACACUCUAAGUUAGAUGAAUUGCUUUUGAUUCUUGUUGGGAAAUCUCUUUCUUUCCCUUGGACUUGACAAUUAUAAGGAACUUCGGGAUCUAGCUCAAUUCUUAUGGCCAGUGACAGAAAUGGGAAUACAUUAAUCCACAUGGACAUGAAUUUUUCUUUGAACCAAAAUCUGGCUAUUACUGCUGUUGUACUACUGUGGCUCACAGAGAUUAGCAAAAGGCAAACUGGACUUGGUUUGUAACUUGUUUUGUGCUGCAUUCCUACAUAGAUAAAAGUGUUAAUAUGGAGGAACUCAAAGAUAGACUCAGCGAAUUAUAGAUUGGAUUUCAUUCUUGCAUCCUGUACUUUUUACCAAUUGAUGAUGAGUGGUUGCUCGCCUGUUACCAACCGGCUGGAAAAAGCUUCAAACACCAUUCUCAAUGCUAUAACUUUGAGGGAUACAUAUACAGUUCAAGCUAAGGGGGUCAAAUUAUAUUUUUCUGCAUCCUUGAAUCCUCACCAAAAUUGCUUUGAGAUGGUGUCAAUCUGUUUGCAAAAUGGAUUUUGGCAGCAAAAACAUGGAGAUGGAGAUGGAGAUGUGAGAUUGGAGGUCCUUGACGGCUGAGUUUAAUUUAAUGUCAUGUAGAUUAUUGAGAGAUUCCUUCUUGAUAAUUCUUGAAAGAAAAUCAAACUCUAGGAUGAAGAGGAAGAGGGAUAAUAGAUCUCCCUGCCUUAAUAUUCUAUUAGGACUAAACUAAUCAUUUGGAGAGCCAUUUAUGAAUGAGUAAAGAGAAGGAAGUAGUGGUGAUGCAUUGUUCAAUCUAAUUUAUCCAUUUUGGAUGAACCUGAGAAGAGAAAUGAUUUUUAAUAAGUAAUUCUUCAAUUCUUGGACCGUCUCAAAGAUCUCUAGAUAUGUCAACUCUCGAGCACAUUUGGUUGCAAA